UUCGCUCACAGCAUCAAACUUCAAGUCCAUGUUCGUGACCGGGAUUCAAAGCAGAGCUAUAUAGAUCCGAAGACAAUCAGCACUUCCAAAAAGUCCCACCUCGACGUCUGGGAAGCGGCGCCGCUCAGCGUCAAACCCGCAGAGCGCCUCCGCAAAUAUGCAGGUGGAGGCAGCGCCUGGUGCGAGUCGCGGGUGCGCAAUGACAACACACAGACCGGGCUGGUUUUAAAUAUUAAGAUCAUACUUCAACGAAAGCAAGGUCACCUUGAUGUGGAUCUAGAUCCGACCUGAAGCUCGUGGUUUGCGCCUUCUUCCUCUCGGAGUCUCGGCGCGCGACAGCGUCUCCUCUCAGGACUUUACCUGCUGCUAAAUUCACUUUAGGUUUUUUUGGACUGCACCUGUUCACCUGGACGUCGCCUCCACAAUCACGGGUCUCGGGAGUGAUGGCGGCGUCUGCACCCUCCUCCUCCGGCGGCGAAGCGGAUCCCAACUCGACAAAUUUACGACCACCAGGCUCAAGCUAUGAUGCCUGGUGUGGAGUUGCUCACGGAUGCACCAGGAAGUUGGGAAUGAAGAUAUGUGGAUUCCUGCAGAAGAACAACAGCCUGGAGGAGCGGAGCAGGAUCGUGAGCUCGCUCAAGGAGCGCACGGCCAGGACCCUGCUCUCCUGCGAUAACGUCGGCGGCGACGUGCGCUUCAGACGCACGGAGACGGACUUCUCCAAUCUGUUCGCCAGAGAUCUGUUGCCUGCCAAGAAUGGAGAGGAGCCGACCAUGCAGUUCUUGCUGGAGGUUGUGGAAAUCCUCACCAGCUACAUCCGGAAGACGUUCGACAGGUCCACCAAGGUGCUGGACUUCCACCACCCGCACCAGCUGCUGGAGGGCAUGGAGGGCUUCAACCUGGAGCUCUCCGAGCAGCCCGAGUCCCUGGAGCAGAUCCUGGUGGACUGCAGGGACACGCUCAAGUACGGCGUGAGGACAGGUCACCCCAGGUUCUUCAACCAGCUCUCCACCGGACUGGACAUCGUGGGCCUGGCGGGAGAGUGGCUCACCUCCACGGCCAACACCAACAUGUUCACCUAUGAGAUCGCCCCGGUCUUCGUCCUCAUGGAGCAGCUGACGCUGAAGAAGAUGAGGGAGAUUAUUGGCUGGCCUGAUGGAGAGGGCGAUGGGAUAUUUUCCCCUGGCGGCGCCAUCUCCAACAUGUACAGCGUGAUGAUUGCCCGCUACAAGUUCUUCCCUGAGGUGAAGACCAAAGGCAUGGCGGCCGCUCCCAGGCUCGUCCUCUUCACCUCGGAGCUCAGCCACUAUUCCAUCAAGAAAGCCAGCGCCGCGCUGGGCUUCGGAACCGAGAACCUGAUCCUCCUGAACACGGACGAGAGGGGGAGGGUCAUUCCUGCUGAUUUGGAGGCCAAAGUAAAAGAGGCCAGGCAAAAGGGCUACGUUCCGAUGUAUGUGAACGCCACCGCUGGGACCACUGUCUACGGCGCCUUCGACCCCAUCAACGAAAUCGCCGACAUAUGUGAAAAGUACAACAUGUGGCUUCACGUGGACGGCGCCUGGGGAGGAGGUCUGCUGAUGUCCAGGAAACACAGACACAAGCUGAACGGAGUGGAGAGGGCCAACUCAGUCACCUGGAACCCUCAUAAGAUGAUGGGAGUGCCGCUGCAGUGCUCAGCCAUUCUGGUCAGAGAGAGGGGAGUAUUACAAGGCUGCAACUCCAUGUGCGCCGGGUACCUGUUCCAGCCGGACAAACAGUACGACGUCACCUACGACACGGGCGACAAGGCCAUCCAGUGUGGGCGACACGUGGACAUCUUUAAGUUCUGGCUCAUGUGGAAGGCAAAGGGAACCGUUGGGUUCGAGCAGCAUAUUGACAAGUGCCUGGACCUGUCGGCGUAUCUCUACAAUAAGAUAAAGCACAGAGAGGGCUUCCAGAUGGUGUUUGAUGGAGAGCCGCAGCACACCAACGUGUGCUUCUGGUACGUGCCGCCGAGCCUGCGCCUCGUGCCCGGCGGCGAGGAGCGGAGGCAGAGGCUGCACAAGGUGGCGCCGAAGAUCAAGGCGAUGAUGAUGGAGUCCGGCACCACCAUGGUGGGCUACCAGCCGCAGGGGGACAAGGUCAACUUCUUCCGCAUGGUCAUCUCCAACGCAGCCGCCACCCGGUCCGACAUCGACUUCCUGGUUGAAGAGAUCGAGCGACUGGGACACGACUUGUAAAAAAAAAGAAAAAAAAAAGAAAAAAAAAAAAGCUUACUUCCGGUCUCGCACGGACCGGAAGGGCUUCGCUCACAGGUGUUUUCUCCUCUCGCAACGCGCAGCAGCCAACAGCCACUGUCUGCACAGACAACUUAAAUCAUAUAAAAACAGUUUAACACAAGAUUAUGCCGCUAGAACAACCCCAUUUUACUGCUGUACUACUGUAUUUGAAGAGCAGCAUCGAAGCAUUAUUUUUUUUGGUAAGAAACGGAGCACAAUGUAUUGAACCCUCUAGUCUUAAACAGCAUUAAUGUAAAGUGUGACCAGUAUGUGACCAUCACAUUGUCCGCUAGCUCUUAAUGGGAACACGCGGCACCAGUAACAAGUCCCGCACUUGGCUGCAGUGUUGUAGAGGUGUUAGAGGUCCGUGUGUAGACUGUGUGUAGUGUUGUUACGUUGCCUUCGUGCCGAACGUGUCCGCGUUGUACAGUGACGAACAUACGGCGUGUAUAGAGUUCAUAAUCCCUUGAUUUCUAUGGACGGAUCUCUGUGAACAGGCGAUCCGCAGCUCUGCUCCAUUUGUACGGUUUCUCCACUGCUGUUACGGCGUCGUCGUGAACCAAAGAAGGGUUCGUCCGCGUCCACUAAUGCCCCCCCCCCCCCCCCCCCCCCCCCCCCUCCUCACCCCCCUCUCCCCCCGCUGUCCCCCACGGGUGGAUUAAGACCUUCGUAACUCACCGCCUUUAACUCGUGCAAUCUGUGUUGUGUAACCGUGCAAUAGCAUUGUGAUUCGCCGACUGAAUGUGGCUCUGAGACGAUGUAUCAGGACCCGCUUUGUUACCGACGAAGAAGCACAACGCUCCGCCACGUCCACGGGGCCGCUUGUAUUCUAGGGACUCAUGAUUGUCUGUAUUAUAACGUGUUCCAGUAUAAUAUGCAAGUAUAGACACUUUUCUAGCCAGAUGAAUGUGAUCCACGCGAAUGUUUUGCCCGAGUAACAAAAUGCACACUGAGGUGUGACUCACUGAGCAUCCGUUCGGUGGAUGACACAUCCCCUGUUGACUUCAGCGUAGGCACUUUAACUCUUGUAUCCACGGCGCCAAUGAAAGACGUGAGCUGUAGAACAUCUGUGGGCGCCAGUGAAUGUGAAGAGGGACCUUUGAAACUUUACAAAUAAAUAAAGUGUGGCAAACAGCA